AUGUACGACGAGAUGACGCUCGAGUUCAUCCGUGUCCUCGACGCGUACGACUACAAGCUGUUCGCAAACCGGGGCGGCCUGAAAAAAUUGCGCGACGACAUCCGCGAGCAGCUCAAGAAGAAGAUGGCCAUGUACUCCACCGUCGGCACCGAGAUCGCGAUCGAGUUCCUGAAGGCGUCCCGCGACAAGAAUCACGUGCCCGAGUCCCGCAACUGCUCCUACGAGUACUUCAAGUCGUUCUGUCUGGCCGGCAACGACAAAGGCUGCGAGAAGCAGCUCGAGCAAGUCGGCGUUGAGGAGGAGGAGAUCAUCUACGGCACGGCCAUCCAGCUCUCAUUCGAAGCGUGGCGCCGCAACUACCCUCUCCCUGCCUUCUACGGCGACAAACCCCUCGCCACCAUCGUGUUCCGCGAGCUGACCAUCGGCGACAUGUUCUUCGCCGCGUGGGCCGUACAAAAGUGCGACUCGUACACGAGGACCUUGCCUAGCAAGGAGUCGUGGGGCAUGCGGACGUUGAUCGAUGCCGCGUCCGCCAACCACCCAUAUUGGAUCGAACAGUGUGGCGAGCGGGACUAUAUGCAAAGGGUCGAGCGCUGCCCUUUGCUGCUACCCAUGGAGUAUCACGUGGACCUC